GACAUGGCAGCUGUUUCAUUGCUAUUCUAAAAUGAAAUUUGCUCGAUAUGGUCGUUACUCUUUUGAGCGGGUCUACAUCGAUGUAUCCUCUAUCUGCAAUCAGGUCUGAACCAAGAUGGCGGCCUUCUGCACGCGAUAAUGCGGUGGCUGGAUCUAUCAUGUCAACAUGUCACUUUUAACAUUGUGUGCCUUUUCAAAGGGCUUAACGCGUAGUUUUGCGGUCGACCGGUGCAUGCGACUUCUUGAUGCGGAUUAUUGCCGCCUGUGUCUCAGAAUUCGGUAUACUGGAGGGGGACAACUGCGAGAGAACCCAUGGGCUUCAGUUUACCAAAGAAACUAUUCGGCUGUUCCUAAGAAGGAGGAUGGGAAAAAAAGAUUCUGGGAACAGACUCAGUUGGUGGAUGUUCUAGAGGCCCGAAUCCAACAGCUGCAAUCAGACGGCAUUGUAGACAUCAAACAUUCAAAGGUUCAACUAGUCAAAGCCCAGCAAAAAGGAAAGGAAAUGUCACCUACCAGCAGUCUGAAGAACUCGCCAGCUGCUAAAAAGGGAACCUCAGAAAGUGGAGUAUCUUUUAAAACUCAUGCGAGUCGCUGGAUGGAGAAACUCAAGCGUGAAAAGUGGAAUCAACCCAAAAAACAAACUUUACAAAGGACUCAUGAUAAGCCAGUUGCAGGUAAAAGCAGCAAAGGGAGUUUGAUGCUUCCUUCUACAUCUACAAAGACCAUCACAACAGGUAAAAAGAGUAAGAAAAAGACUCAAGUAGAUGAUUCCAAACCUCCGGCGCCUGCUGCAACAACUUCCAAAGGUCAAGAACGAAGCCUCCAGAAAAAGUCUAAACAGAAGGUCUCCAGAGUCUCAGAAAGUUCUGCCUCCAAGUUAUCAGGAAUGGCGAAGGUCGCAAACAUCUCCAGCGAUGAAGCUGGCAGCGUUCUGGAGAUGAAAGAACUAGCCGUGUCUGUCGAUAAAGAAUUGGCUGAGGAAGAAGAGCUAGACUUGGAUAAAGAGCACAUGCAGCAGACCCAGAGCGCUCCAGAGAAGCUUCUGGAGGACAAGGAGGGGAACCGCUAUGGAGACCCCCAGCUCAGAGUUCGCUGUUACUUGGAGGCGUGUGUUUUUACUGAUGAUGUAGCUCGAGCUCAGAACUUUCUUCUGACUCAUCACCGACACCUGUCAAGACGGAAGCACCUGUCGAUCAGUGCCUACAACAUCAUCAUGAGGAUGUGGGCCAAAAAAGGUUCCAUCAACCAUAUCCGUCGCUUGUUCAUUCUUAUUGAAGAAGCAGGUCUGAAACCCAACGUUGCCUCUUACUGUGCAGUGCUGGAGUGCAUGGGCCGCAUGGAUGAGUGCUCAUCAUUGAUCAUUACCAGGUGCCUGCAGCAGAUGGAGGUGGAUGGCAUAUCUGUGGACGAUGUGUUCAGAGAAUGUGUGUUUAAGCAGGACGAGAGAGACGUGGUCCUUAGAGCCAUUCGAUUGGUGCAACCCGAAUACCAACCACAUUUAUCCAAAGAGCAGCCACUAUGUUCCUUACCACUGGUGGAACGGUUCUAUGCUGAGAGGGAAGGGAUCUCGUAUCCUAAGAUGGACUUCAGUCUGGCAGAACUGCGGGAUCGGUUCAGUCGUCAGCUUGAUAUGGAGGCAGCGAACACCGUCACCAUCGACUCCGUGGAAGCCAUGAAUCCUAUCACCAACAACAUGGCCAAAAUGAGAGAAUUAUUAGCCACCCAGCGGACACAUUGGGAGAAAGUUCUGCUUCAGGCUCUGAAAGACAAAAAACAGAUAUUGGCGAGCAACAGCCAGAGGACAUGGAGUACCUGUAUAUACCCUUACAUGUGUAUCUUGGAUGAUCAGGAGUAUGUAAACAUCAUGCUUCAGACUAUAGACAAACAAUCACCCAGCGGUGAAUCUUUGCUGAUCAUGGCUGAGGAGAUGGGAGCCAGAGUACACAAUAUGUACCGCAUCCAACAGAAGAGCCACAGCCAGAUGACCGAGAAAUUGAGGAACAUCUACAGCUCGUACGCUGAGCUCCUGGCACACGAUUUUAAGAUCAAUGACCAGUUGCCGCGAGAACGUUGGGUGAGUCUUGAGAUGGAAAUGUGUAACGGCCCGUCUCUUUUGAAUGAUGACACCCCUUGGCCGCAGGUCCUUAUGGUACAGCUAGGUAGCUUUCUGGUUGACCUAAUGGUACGGGAGCUCAAAAUCAAGGCCAAUAUUCUCAAUCCCGCUCAAGAAGAGAAGCUUAUUCCCAUCCUGUAUCACAUGUACACUUUCCGCAGCAGUCGCAAGAUUGGCUUCAUCAAGCCACACCCUAUUGUGACCCAAAUGCAAAAGGAGGCGAUGGAAACCAAACUUACCUUCGACUCCUACGUCAUACCCAUGUUGUGUCCGCCCAUACCCUGGACCUCCCCUAAAACCGGCGCAUACCUGCUGUCACCCACGAAGCUGAUGCGUUCAACCGACGGAGCCAUCCAACACCAGCUUCUCCUAGAGAAAAGCCGUUCUGAAGACCUCCAUGCCGUGCUGGACUCCCUCAACCAGGUAGGAAACUGCGCGUGGAAGAUCAACAAACCUCUUCUAGAUAUCAUCAUCUCGAUCUUCAACGACAAGGGAAGCGAAAAGCUCUGUAUUCCUCCACCGUUGUCCGAAGCGCCUGAGAUUCCACGCUUCAGCCCUCACGACCCUACGUACACCCAGGCGGAGAAGGCGUACAUGAAGCGGGAAGGCAUCAAAGCCAAGAAGAAGGUCGCCGAGAUGCACAGUCUCCGAAUGGAUGCGCUUUAUAAGCUGUCUAUCGCCAACCAUGUGAGGGACGAGAUGUUCUGGUUUCCACACAAUAUGGACUUUCGGGGGCGUACAUACCCCCGGCCACCGUAUUUUAACCAUCUGGGUAGUGACGUGACCAGGGCCUUGCUGCUGUUCGCAGAGGGAAGACCGCUCGGACAUAAAGGUCUCGACUGGUUGAAAAUCCAUCUGGUGAAUCUUACUGGUUUGAAGAAGCGUAGCUCACUAACCGGAAGACUGGAGUAUGCAGAGAGCAUCAUGGAGGACAUACUGGACUCGGCAGAUCUUCCUCUUGACGGUCGUAAAUGGUGGAUGAAUGCAGAUGAGCCAUGGCAGGCACUGGCUUGCUGUAUGGAGAUAGCAAAUGCCUCGCGUGUGCCCGACCACACCAGAUACAUCUCUUAUUUCCCUGUACACCAGGACGGCUCGUGUAACGGUCUCCAGCACUAUGCUGCCCUCGGGCGGGAUGUCAUUGGUGCCACUUCGGUGAACCUCAUGCCCUGUGAAGUUCCUCAGGACGUCUACAGCGGCGUCGCUCAGCAGGUGGAGGAGUUCAGGGUUCGAGACGCAGCUAAGGGUCUAAAGAUCGCUCAGGUGUUGGAUGGCUUCAUCAGCAGGAAGGUGGUGAAGCAAACGGUGAUGACCGUGGUCUAUGGCGUCACUCGCUACGGGGGCCGUCUGCAAAUCGAAAAGCGACUUAAGGAAAUCGAUGAAUUCCCAAAGGAGUACGUAUGGGAUGCUUCACAUUACCUGGUACAUCAGGUUUUCAACAGCCUAAAGGAAAUGUUUACAGGGACGAGAGAGAUUCAGGAUUGGCUGACGGAGAGCGCUAGGCUAAUUGCUAAGUCGGGGCGAACGGUGGAGUGGGUGACGCCGCUGGGACUUCCUAUUGUUCAGCCCUACCAUAGAAUGAAGAACCAAAUGCUCAAGAGCAGCAUGCAGAAUCUGAAUAUCCACAUCGGCCAUGACGCCAAUGAGAAACCAGACAGCAUGAAGCAGAAAAACGCCUUCCCGCCUAAUUUCAUCCACUCACUGGACUCUACUCACAUGAUGCUGACAUCACUGCAUUGCUAUAGUGCUGGUCUCACAUUUAUAUCUGUCCAUGACUGUUACUGGACCCAUGCUUUAACUGUGGACAUUAUGAACAAGGUGUGUCGAGAGCAGUUUGUGGCUCUGCAUAGUGAACCCAUUUUGGACGAGUUGUCCAAGUUUCUUGUGAAGAAGUAUUGCAGCAAACCUCCCGAUGUAUCCAAGCCAAAGAAGUUUCAAGAAUACUGGAAGAUGGCUCAGCUUUUAGCCAAGGUUCCUCAGACAGGUGAUUUCAAUCUAGAGAAGGUGAAAGAAUCCGUGUAUUUCUUCAGCUGAGGAGCGUAUCGUACGGCUGAUGGACAGGUUUCAUCAGGAAGCUAAGGGCUCUUCACAGACCUCAUCAAAACCGAUUGCUGCUUUUCGCUGCGCCGAGAGCGUGCUUGACUGAGAUGGGACUGGUUAAUAUGGUAGAAAAGUAUGUAUGUGUGUGUACCCGUCUGUCUUGUCAUAUUCUCUUAAAAACAUCACUGCGAAGAAGAGCAAACAGCAGGAGUCGCUCGUGUGGGUGCGUGCAUGCGGGGGUCCUUGGCCAGUACGGAGAAAGAAUGAUCUCUCAGCAGGUCUGUGAUCCGCUUCCGAGGGCUAACGCUGGGCUGAUUAACCGAACCAUCCCGGCUCCCAUCGAUUUCAAGGCAGCCCAUCUGAAAGGUUCUCGCUGACAUUUCCAAUUGGAUAGGAUUUACCCCUUGUUCACACAUUCACAAGAACUUUUAUGAUAACAGAGUGCCAACAUAAUAUAUGUUUUACACACUGUUGAUGGCAUACUGUAUGUCGAGAACUUUUAAGCACUUAAAUGAGUUUUGUAAAUAAAGCCUGUUGAAUAAUUCAAUAUAAAGGAGGCAUGUAUUAUGAAUGAGUGCUUGUCAAAAUGUGUCAACAUGGCGUUCGUUGAGAAUAAAGUCAAUAUUUUUGUACUACGGUACUGGGAAAGGUUAAUUGCUAUUUUCGAAACCCAAUACAUUGCUUCAAUAACUCA